AUGAAAAAAGUUGAUUUAUCUCAGUGUCCAAGGCUCCAACAAAUUCAAUGGCCAUCGGUUGUUGUCGAAAAAUUGAAUGUCACAUGGUGCAUAUCAUUGAAAACCAUAACACUCCUAAGUCUGUUGGAUACUGCACGACGCAUUACAAGUUGUGGUAACGGAAGUCUCUGCUACGUUCAGCGCUGCUACAAGAUAGAAGACGUUGGAAAUGUUGAUUUACAAGUGAUCAACAACAUUGGCUUCUUCAACUUGGACUCCAUGGCAAAUGUUGAUUUGACUAUUGUUAAUCGCUUUCAAUUGAGUAGAAUGAAGCGUCCAGCCCAGUAUGCAAAAUUCCCAUCGUUGUCCACUAUCCGUACCCAGAUCCCUUAUGUGUCAGACUCAGUAAUAAGAGCAAGUGUCUGGAUUGGACCUAUGGACCAGGUUGCUGCGGCUUUCCGGAAGCAGACGAAUAUAUGGUAUGGUUAUUGA